UACGUGCUGUAUCAUCAAUUGAUACACAAGAAAAAUCUCGUUCAAUCAUUCCUGAUACAAAUGCAUUAAUUAAACAAAUACAAAAUUCUUUAAGUCGAAAUUCUUUACAUGAUACAAAAAAACAUUCACCAUUAUCAAUAUCAACAAAAGAUUUACGUACAUUUGUUUCAUCAUCAUAUUCACCAUCAGAUGAAAAUAUUAUUGAUGAUGAUGAUCAAUCAUUUAAAAGACAAGCAAGAUUAUCAAGAAGUUUUCAUAAUGUAUCAGAAUAUAAUACUAGUGAUCAAUAUAUAAAACAUGAUCAAAAUAUUACAACACGUACACAACCAUCAAAAUCUGUUGAAAAUAAUCUUAAUAGCGUUAGUCAAAAUCAAACAAGAAAUUCACAAAUUCUUUUAAAUUUUCCGCCAAUUGUUGCAAGUAGUUCAUUUUCAGCAUUACCACAUUCAGAAGAUAAUGCAAGAAUGUUGUCUAUGAAAUGGUAUACAGGACAAGUUAGUGAAAAUUCUGAAAUAUGUUAUAAUACACCUCAUAUUGAUAAUGAUGAUCUUCUUUAUAAUUAUAUAAUGACACAUAGUAAUCGAGAAAUUCAAUUAUUAUUUGCACGUCUUCAAGCAUCAAAUGAUAUACGUAUUCAUGCAGCACUUGAUGAUAUACGUUUACGUGUAGUUCAAUUUGAUACAUCAAAAUCUCCUGAAGAUUUACAUGUAUUUAUGCGUUAUCUUGAAUCACGAUUACGUGAUAUAAGUAAUAAAAGUUUAUCAUUAUCAUCAACAACAACAACAAGAACAACAACAUCAAAUCAUAUUAAUGAACAAAGACGAAUGUCUAACAGUACAACAACAAAUGGAUAUCAUACUCAACAACAACCGGAUGCAUUAUCAAUAAAAAGUCGAACAAGUUCGACAGUGGAUAAAGAAACUUCAUCACAAAGACAACUUGGUCGACAACAUCUUCGAUCGUCCAGUAAUAGAACAGGAGGAGGAGGAGGAGGAGGAACAAAUGGUCAUCAACUACCUCCUCCACGACGAGGAAGUCAAUCAAGUGCUAAUCAAGAAAAUCCUCCUGAAUUUGAUGAUAUGUUAAAUACGGUCUUAGGUUUACCAAAGAAAGGAGUAACUACUCAAGUUCAAAUAAAUCCUUCUUCUACUUCUCAAAACCAUGAAAAAUCGACUCCUUUAGCUCAAACACAAAUAGCAACAAAUACAACAACUAUUAAUAAACUUGGACAAGAUAUUGGUAAACGUUUAUUUGAAAGUGGUACUUAUAAAGAUCCUCGUCUAAUUUAUGAUGGUCCAAGAAAAAAUGAGAAAGAGGAACAACCUCUUGAAACAUCCGUGUGA